AUGUAUCGUUCCCUAUCUAAGUGUUUAGGUGGCAAGAUUUUCAAUAGCAAAAGGCACACAAGCACCAGCUGUAGAAUUACUCACAGGUCGAGGCUCUGUGACGUCUUCAUUAACCACCGAGGGAUGGACACUAAGCGCAAUAUUGCUGUAUUGCUUUACGAUCGUUUUGUCCAGCUAGAGCUCCACCCCUUCCUGGAUUAUAGGAGCAUGAAACCUGGGGACGAGCUCUUGGUGAAUAUUGAAACUGUCAUACGUGAGUGUAAGGUUGGGGUGGCCAUCUUCUCUCCAAAUUAUUGCACUUCUUACUUCUGUCUCCAUGAAUUGGCUCUCAUGACAGAGUACCAGAAGAAGAUCAUUCCCAUCUUCUAUGAUGUCAACCCAUCUGAUCUUGUGGUUGUUGAUGAUGGAAGCUAUCCAGCCAAGGAGCUACACAGGUUCAGAUUGGCGCUUGAGCAUGCCAAGGGUAGAGUGGGCCUCCCUUUUGAUCCGUCUAACGGGGAUUGGUCGGAUCUGCUAAAGAGAGCUUCGGACAGCGUUGUGGAAAGCUUGAUGGGGUUAGAUGCAGAAGAGAAAAAGUGCCAGCGUCAAUAG